CCAUCUCAGCCUCCUCAUACUAAUAUUAAAAAAAGCUGCAUCACUUUUUCUUCUUCUCUUACUUUAAAAUUCUCAUUUCUUCACUCACCAAACAGAAACUUAGCUCUGUGUGACUUCUGUUCUUCUUCUGUUGUUUUCAGGAAGGUGAAACCACAAUUGUUGUGCAGUACUUGGAUGGGAGAAUGUCGACGGAUGUGAGAAAUGAGGACGGACCUCAGGUUGCCUCAUGUGUUUCGGAUGCUCCGAUGAGUCACUUCUCUACCAAUGAUUUAACAGAAUAUCAACAAAGCAAUUUUGACAUGACUAGUACUUCGAAUUAUGGGGAAAUGGAUUCAGAUACAACUUUUGAUCUACCGGAAACUUGUGGUUGGCCUUACAAUGAGGUGCAGAAUAUGAGACAAGAAACUUCCGAGGAUUGUGAUGGGAUGAGUGAUGAAGCUAUAUUGAAUUCAAAUGAUUCAUGGUUAUAUUUUGCAAUUCAACAGCUUUCUCCGUUUGAUCAAACUGUAACAGAUGGUAACUACUUGGGGAACGGAGGCGAAGAAGAAGAGUUUUUCAAUCCGUAUUCAUUUCCUACAAGUUCGUCAGAUCUUUUGGAUAGUAUUCCAGAUUUCCAACUACAAAAAGAGCCGCAAAAGAGACUGCCAAUCACUCUUGUUCUGGAUUUGGACGAAACGCUAGUUCACUCGACACUAGAUACAUGUGAAGGUGCAGAUUUCAGCUUCCCAGUUCAUUUCAGCACGCAAGAGCAGACAGUGUAUGUUCGUCAGAGACCUUACCUGCGUAUGUUCUUGGAGGCAGUUGCGGGUAUGUUUGAGAUCAUCAUAUUUACAGCUGGGCAAAGCAUAUAUGCAGAAAAAUUGCUCGAUAUACUAGAUCCUGAUCACACACUUAUUGGUCAACGCAUCUAUCGUGAUUCCUGUGUCUUCUCAGAAGGAGGGUACGUGAAAGAUCUGACAAUUCUCGGCCGUGAUCUUGCCAGGAUUGCAAUUGUGGAUAAUUCCCCUCAGGUCUUUCAAUUACAAGUUGAAAAUGGGAUACCAAUAGAAAGCUGGUUUGGUGAUCCUUCAGAUGAUGCUCUGCUUUCGCUGUUUUUCUUCUUGCAAACACUUGUCGGAGUUGAUGACGUCCGUCCAAUAAUCAAAAGGAAGUACGGUAGUCAGGAAUAAACACUAUGUUCUCUACAUUCAGUGUCGAUGUUUCCAAUUUAUCGGGAAAAUCUGUCCUUCCCCCAUUGAUUGCCAAAAGCUGGGCGUUUAUUGUUCAUAAGUAGUAGUUGUAAUCUAACGAACAUACGAAUUUUUACAUAAUAAUAGCUCCUACAGUAGAAGAUUACUAUUCC